AUGAGCGACUUAGCAUUGUCAAAGAUUGGUGGUCUAAUUAAGGCCCCAGAAGACCUUAGCAAACUAGAUGAAAUACGUCAACAAUUUGCAAAAGAGAAAUCUGCCGUUGACGUCAAGCUUUCGACAACAACGGGGAUACAAAUUACAUCCGUAAACAACAACUUGACACAAUUGAAUCAAACAAUAACGAGCUUGGAGGAGAUCAAAGGGGGCAUAUACAAGUUCCAAAACACUUUUGAUGAGUCUGUGACCUCGGUCAAAGAUUACGAUCUCAUUCGUAAAAUGAUUACAAUUAAUCAAUAUUUGAACCAAGUUACCAGUUUGUAUCACGAUAUAAGACUGUUGACGGGUAUUUUGGAAUCACUAAAUCGUGAAAUAACGACGGAGACAGAUUUGUUGAAAGAUGACUUGAGAUACCCUUUGCCCAAUAUUCUAAUCAUCCACUAUCAGUACACACAGGUCCGGAAUUUAGUCGAUUAUCUUGAAAUGUACUCACAGUCCUUGUCGGAUGAUUUACAAUCAAUUGUGUACAAGAUCACCUCUCCCGUUAGAGAAACCAUUAAGGCAUUUGACGGAUUGUUGACGGAAUGUAUCAUAUCAAUCACAGAGGCGGCAAAGGAUCACAAUUUUGAGAUUCUAUACAAAGUCGUUGCAAUCAUUUUGUGGGAGGAUAAAGAGGAUGUCAAACUCAGUAUGAUGCAAAACUUGGAUUUGGUCAAGAAUGACCUGAACAAGAGCUACAACAUGUACCGAAGCAAAAGACGCAAUUAUAGAAAGUUCUUUUUUGAGCGGUUCAAGGUGUUUUUCGAAGAUACGUUUAAUUCUUGCGUUGAUCACUACGUGAACGACAAGAUUGGACUAUACGAUAGUCUACAAUGGCUCGAGGAUGAAUUGACCUAUGUGUAUAAUGUUUUGUCGCCGUUAAUGCCAAAGGAUUGGCAGUUUGGAGCAUUUACUGAAAAGGUGUUUUAUGAUAAGUUACACCAAUACACCAUGGACAUGAUCAACAAUGAACCACCAGCUGAAGACAUAUUGCGCAUUUUGCUGUAUGAUAAGAGGUUUGGUGAUUACCUGAAACAACUUGAUGGAUCAGCAAAGUCGAUAAUUGGAGACGAUUUGAAAAAUACAGUAUUGGAUGAUUAUUUGAAAAACAUCACCAAUAAGAUGAUGGAGUGGAAUGACAUUUUAAUGAAACAGGAAACCACUUAUUUUUCAGAGAGAUUAAAAGAACCAGAUGUGUAUCCAUUUGAACAAGUCGUUGAAGACGAACAAGGGCCUAAUAAUCUUGUGGAAAUGACUAUCCAGAUUGAUUCUUAUGUGCUACCCGAUUUCAAAACUCCAUUGAAUAUGUUGAAACAACAGGCUGAUGUAGCGGCAGAGUCAGGGUAUUCCAGAAUCUUGGUUGAGGUUAUUGAGAGUUGGUGCAAUGCUUACAUUGCUCGCGUCGAAAAUUUCCAAGUGGUCAUCGAUGAAGAAAUGGAUAGAUAUUUCACUGUUUUCAGUAAUGAAAAGUUUCUCGUCAAGGAGAGCAAAGCUAAGCGGUUAUUCAAAAAGAGACCCACUGUGGUUAAUGUUGAUGAAUUGAGUCUUGAGGAACAACAAAAUAUUUCACGCCCCGGUAUAAUUGAAUAUUUUGGAGCAUUGGCAAAUUCGUUUGAGAUUAGUAGCGAGAGCUUGACAAGCAAGUUUAUCAACAAUUACAAAGAGAAGGUACACACAAACUAUCAUGUGAAGAUAUCGCAAGCGUUUGAAAGCGCGGUCGCAUCUUCUGAUUCGUUGAAUUCUGAUGUCUGCAUAGCCAUUAGCAAUAUCAUCAUCAAUGAUUUAUAUGUUGAAUUGUGCAAAUUGUUUACCAAGAAAUGGUUAGAGGACGGUAUGAAGCAAACUGGAGAUGCGAUGAUUGCGACAAAAUUAACAGACACCAUUGUGGAAUACUUGGAGGAAAUCAGAAGGUAUUGCAUUUACACUAUCUACCAAAGUUUAUGCCAAAUCUUUUUGGACAAGUUUGUUUGUGUUUAUUUAAAGAUUGGAUUUGAGAAUAUAUUGUAUGGAGAUGGUAAAAAAAUUAAUCCAGAAACUCAAGGGUAUAAAUCUUUUGGCUCAAGAGCUCAGAAAGAUGCAGAGUUGGUAUUUGAAGGAUUGGAACACGUAUUCACAAAUAAAGACAAGAGAUAUCUUUUUUCAACAUUGUCUGCAAUUGAUUUUUUAGCAGACUUGGGAAUGUGCCCUGAUCCAAUGGAGUUUAUUCCAAAUUUUUGGAAGUACAAGAUCCUUCCGGUGUUUUACAAUUGUUCAACUGAUUACAUCAAGGCUGUGGUGUAUUGCCGAAAGGAUAUGGAUAAGACCCAGUGGCGGACAUUGGAACCUAUCUUGGAGGAAAUAAAGACAAAAUACCAUGAGGAGGUUGAGCCACCUGAGUUUCCAGUAUUGACUUUGGAUGAUUUUGAGUUUAAAAUAUGA